AUGUCUCAUCAGACUAAUUUCGAACCAUUCGUCUUCGUUCUAUCAACGACAAAAAAAAGUCUUUCUCCUUGUACAACUGAAGUUAAUGUCAUUACUCGAAAGAUGAAUAAACAUCAGAAGGGUAAAUUUCCGUUGGUUCUUUUGUUUCUCGCUCGUUUUUUCUGUAUAAUACAUUUGGCUAUAUCGAUAUAUAUGAUUUAUUUAACAAAACCAACUCGAAAAUUGUAUUUUAUUCCAAUAAUUGGUUUAGUUUUCCUUCUUUUCGAAAAAAUUUUCUUUCUUUCUUUAAAAUCUCGUUAUAAAAAUUCGUUUAUAUUUUUAUUAAUCUAUUCAAUAUUUAUUAUUUCAUCAAUUUGGUUCUUUGAAUUAUAUCGAAUUGAAACUUUAAUAAAUCGUCAUGAAACUCAAUCAAGUGUUGAAGUCUUUUCAAUUAUCUAUUAUACACCAUUAAAAUCACUUGAUAAUUUUUAUUUUCAAAACAAAUUUUUAUGGUCACAAAUUCAAAUUCAAUUUUAUCUUUUUCUCAUGACAAUAUUAAAAGGUUUAUGUGAAAGAAAGAAUCCUCGAUUGAUCAUUUUAAUGAAAACAUGGACAACAGCAUUGGAUUUAUUAGACUUUUUAGAUUUACUUAAUCAUUGGAAAUUUUAUUCUAAUCUUCGUUUUGUUUAUACAAUUCUUUCCAUUUGGUCAAUUAGUUGUUUACAAUUUCUCAUUCAAAUGUCUUCGUUACAAAAAAUUUUAUUUCAAAAAAAUUUUCCUCGUUUAGGAUUAAUAAUGACGGAUUCGUUUUUAGCGAUUCUGAUCACCGAUAUUCCUUAUUUAAUUGUACGUCUUUAUGCAAUAUUUGGUAUUCGAAAUCAUGAUUAUACAAGUUAUUUUCUUGUUUUUAAAAAUUUCGUCUCAAUUCUCUUUCAAAUAGCUGAUGUUUCCAAGGCAUUUCAUCGAAAAGAAUCCAAGAAAAAUAUCAGAUUAAGAAUUUCACCUUGA